AAAAGAAAUAAAAUCCACAAGAAAUUAUAGUGGCUGAGAUCGCUCCUCACUGGUUUCUGGUGUUUUGAGUCUCACCGAACUCCUCUGUCACUUCUCACUCGCAGCUGCUAAAUACCGCUCUAGAAAACUCUUUGUUUUUUCUUUGAGUUUUCGCAAUUCCGAUCUACCAUUGCCGGUGACUGUAUUUUUCACGUGAGUUUCCGGCGAGUUUAACACGUGUAUGAUCGGAGACUUCGUCGAUGCUUCUACAGUUUUAACUAGCUAUGACCUCACCGAAAGGAUGUGGAAAAUACGCGACCGUUUUGGUGAGGAUUCAUGAAUAAAACUUUUAAAGUUCGAGAUACGUAUAAGUCAGUUUGUUUGUCUCUCCAUCUCUGUUUUUGCUAUGUAGUAUUCAGUAUUUCUGGAGUUUCAGAACAACGGCUUUAUCUGUAGUAUUCGGAAUUUCAAGAAAUGACAGGAGGUAUCUGUUGUAUCCGUUGCUCGUGAGAGAGGAUUUGAAGCAGCGUUAGCUGCGCCACCUGCGCCUGGUUUACUAAUGGACACAUACUCCUCUGGUGCAGAAGACUUGGUUAUUAAGACUAGAAAACCUUAUACAAUUUCCAAGCAACGUGAACGAUGGACUGAGGAGGAGCAUAAUAGGUUCCUAGAGGCCUUGAAGCUCUAUGGACGCGCUUGGCAGCGCAUUGAAGAUCAUAUUGGAACAAAGACUGCUGUGCAGAUCAGGAGUCAUGCACAGAAGUUCUUUUCAAAGUUGGAGAAGGAGGCUGUUGCUAAAGGUGUUCCAAUAGGACAAGCACAUGACAUAGACAUACCGCCUCCACGUCCUAAGAGGAAACCAAGCAAUCCGUAUCCGCGAAAGACAGGUGCAUGUCCUACUCCAUCUCAGGUUGCAUCAAAGGAUGGAAAAAAUUUAAAUUCGAUUCCUUCUCCACGCUGUAAACAAGUGCUGGACUUGGAGAAAGAACCACUUCCCGAGGAUCCCAAUGGAGACGAGAUGCAAACAGAUGCAACUGAUAACCAAGAUGACAAUUGCUCAGAAGUUUUUACUUUUCUUCAAGAAGCUCGCAGUUCCUCUGGGUCUUCAGUGAACAAGAAUUCUAUACCAAUAUCAAAGGCGCUUAGAAACUCAUGCUCAUUCAAGGAGUUUAUACCUUCGCUGAAGACGGUAGUGAAUCAGGAUGCCACUGAUGAAUCGUAUAUCACUAUGGAACUUGACAGAAAUCAGAAGCUGGAUAAGCCUGACGCCAAACAGACAGUUCAGGAUAAUGGCACUAGUAAGGCUUCAAAAUUGGAAUCCUGCACGAUUCGAGAGAAAUUAGUUCAGGGAAAGAAAUCAGAACACUUCAGCAGUGCCUUGCCUACUGAUGAUGUGGAAGCUAUGCAGAGUUAUCCAAGGCACGUCCCUGUGCACGUUCUGGACGGGAGCUUAGGAACAUGCACACGAGCACCCCCCUCAGAUGUGCCAUUCCAAGACUCAAUAUUUCACCCAAUGGGGGAAGUUCACAGGCAUUCCAAUCCAUACCCGCGUCCAGCUGCAUCUUCCGGUACUGACCAUCAAAACAGUGUUCCAGGAUCUUCUACACAUCAAUCAUUCGUGAACUUUCCUCCGCCCUUUCCUCCAACUCAACAUAAUCAAGAUGACUUUAGAUCAUUUCUUCAGAUGUCCUCUACAUUUUCAAGUCUUGUCGUAUCUACACUGCUCCAGAAUCCUGCUGCCCAUGCUGCAGCAAGUUUUGCAGCGACAUAUUGGCCAUAUGCUAAUAUGGAGAGUUCUGCAGAUUCUCCGAUAUGUUCCCAAGGAGGCUUUCCAUCACGUCAAGCGAAUUCUGCCCCCAGUAUGGCAGCUAUAGCUGCUGCUACUGUGGCAGCAGCAACUGCAUGGUGGGCCGCACAUGGAUUAAUUCCCUUGUGUGCUCCACCUAGUGCUGGCUAUACCUGCUCUCCCGCUUCUGGAACUGCUGCACCAUCAUUGGAUGCCGGCCAAGUUCCUGCAGCCAAGACAGAAAGAAAGGAAGCUGCUCCUGAAAUUCAGCCUUUACCAGAUCAACAAGUGGAUGAAGAACUCUCCAAAGCUCUGCAAGCUCAGAAUUCACCGGAUAUGUCAGUGUCUGAGUAUGAAGAGAAUGGAAGUCCGGAGCAUAAUACAGGAUCCAAAAAUACUGAUCAUGAGAUGGCCACAGCAGAACCUGAGACCCAUGACCCGAGCAAAGCAAAAACCAGAAAACCCGCGGACCGUUCUUCAUGUGGUUCAAACACUUCUUGUAGCAGCGAAGUGGAGACGGAUGCUUUAGAGAAGCUUGAGAUUGGCAAAGAAGACUUAAAAGAAGCUGAUGCCAACCCUGCAGCUAUUGAGUUUAACAGCCGUCGCAGUAAAAGUAUCACCAAUACGAGCGAUUCAUGGAAAGAGGUCUCAGAAGAGGGGCGGCUGGCUUUUCAAGCUCUUUUCUCGAGAGAGGUUUUGCCGCAAAGCUUUUAUCCUCGACAUGCUCAAUAUAAUGAGGCAAACGAGAUGGAUGGCGUUGAAGAUAAUGAGAAAUUUGGACUCGCAUUAUUCUUGAAUUUGAACAGCAACACAUGGGGACCCUGUACAAGUCAUCAAAAUGAAAAUCCUAGAUGUGAAAACAGUGGGGAGGAGGGGCUGCUCACACUUGAACUCGGACAAAGUAAGUUAAAGGCUCGCCGGACAGGAUUCAAACCGUACAAAAGAUGUUCAGUGGAGAACAGGAUGGUGGCCUCAGGCAGCAAAACUGAGGAGAAAGGACCGAAGAGGAUACGUGUGGGUUGGGAUGCUUAAACAAAGGAAACCUUUUGUUUCGGCAUUGUAAUUUAUAUUAUUUUUUCCCCUGUUAUCUAUUGUCUUUUAUGUUCAUGUUUAAUUAGAGUUUCUGCAGAUCACGAGACUUUUUUGUGCAAGUGUGUACCAUAUUAUAUCUACUUGGCUUGUUCAUUA